AUGCGUCGGCGAUGCACCGGAAUCCUAAGCGUUCGGGAGGAUCGUCGUGCAGUGUCCACAGCCUCGAAGGCUCUCCUUGGACAAAGACGAUGUGGGCAAUCUCUAGAUCUUCUCGCGAAGUCUAGAGAUCAAUGAAGUGGGUCGUCGAAUCGUCUCCGGCGGCUGUCACCCAGCGGAGCGGAAAAACGGCGACUUUGCGGCUCUCCGGCGGCUGUCACCCGACAGAGAGGAGCUGGAUGGAGGUGAGGCGCGUGUUAGGGAGCUUCAUCCUCAGGUCUGCGCAGCAAGAGGAGGCUCUUCAUCGCAUCUGGUACGCUCUUAGGAGGUGGCGACUGGUCUCCCGGCGGAUCGUCCUCUUCUCAACGACGGCUUGUUCGUCGAUCAAUCGGAGAUGAUUUACUCGAUGGAUUCGCGAUCUUUUUAUCGCGAAUCGUUCAGCAAUUUUAGUAGCAAUGCUCCGCGAAUCGUGUUGACGAGAUUUUUGCCGAUGAUCUAGCAAUUCUCGUUGCUUAAUCCUUCACCGGCGAUCUGCAGGAAAGUCGCGAUAAUCAAAUAAAAAUAUAUGAAUUUUGACUCUAGAAGGAUUUGAACCCGCACCAGUCGCCCCGCCUCUUUUGAGGAAGGUGUGACGGGGGUUUAGUCCCACAUCGGUUGUAUGCUGAUUUUUCGGGCGAAUAUAUAGUAAUGUUAGCUUACAAAGCAAAGUUCCUUAUCUUGCGUGUAUGACCACUCCUUGCCCCACAGCCGGCUGGCCACCGGUGACGUGGAAGGGGAGUGGCGUACGCGUGCCCUGUCGGUCCCCAAGCCAAGCCACUCGAGCCCCUGCUCGCGGCUUGCUCCCCGAGUGCGCUUCUGA